AUGGGAUCUGAUGCUACUACGAUGCGUGAGGUCGAGCCGGGUAAUAAGACGGGAGUUUAUUACAUCACGAUUUCCAACCUGCCGUUCAACACACAAUGGAAAGACCUCAAGGACUACGUGAGGACGGUGUGCGACGUUGAUUAUGCAGAGGUCUUCAAUGCGAGCACCCAUGCGUGGGUGAGGAUCAUCGGACACGAUGAAUUCCGCAAGGCCUUCGCGCUCCUCAAUGGUGGUCUUUUCAACGGCAGAUACCUCGUUGCCGAUGGUAGGAACGAGAAGGAGAAAAUCUCGAUUCGAACCUUGAUCAACUGGAGUCCGGGAUCACCGAGUACGAUGUCGGUGGACGGAGGGGUAAGGCUGGACUAUUUCACGGCCAACGGGGGCACGCCGCUUGACGAGGGCAUGGAAAGGCUUGGCAUGACUGGCGCCGAUUCCUAUUACCGGACCGACGGGUACGGAGCCGGCGCCUACAGCAUGGCUGGGUACCCGAACUCUGGUGAAAGUGGGGGUUAUAACCAGGGCACCCAUUCUGACAUGUAUGGCCGUGGCUUUGUGAGCAGUCACUGCUUUUCCGAUGCCGAGUACCGAUCAGGGCCGGACGGCCAUGCAUGGGAUUACGGGAGUUCGGGUUACGGUUACCCCGAAGCUGUGAGCCCGAAGCCUUCAAAGUCGCACAGCAACAAAAAGGCCAAAGGACAGGGAAGCAGUGGCGAGGGCGGCGGCAGCUCAAAGGCAAAAUCAAAGAGCAAAGACAAGGCCAAGGCCAAGGCUGAGAAUAGUUGGGAUUCUAAAGAGCAUGGGUCAAGCAAGAAGGCUAAGGACAAAAUGACCGCCACUUCAUCGAAAUCGCUGCUGCCCCCUGUCCCGGUCAUUGUGGACGGCUCGAGCAACAAGAGGACUGUAGACGAUAAGGAGAGUAAGAAGAAGGAAGAGAGGAAGAAAAAGAAGUAG